GGGCAUCGGUGCGCGCGGCUUGGAGUUGCCGGGCAACUCUCCGGGUGCCUCGGGGUCACGGCGGCCAGAGUCGCGCGGAGACAUGAGUGACACCGGAGGGGACUGCACGCGCCUCAGGAGCUACCCCCGGCUCCCGGUGUGGGUGGUGGAAGAUCACCAGGAGGUUCUGCCUUUCAUAUACCGGGCCAUAGGUUCGAAGCAUCUUCCUGCCAGUAAUAUAAGCUUUUUACAUUUUGACUCCCAUCCGGACCUCCUUAUCCCUGUGAAUAUGCCAGCGGACACUGUGUUUGAUAAGGAAGCACUCUUUGGAGAACUAAGUAUUGAAAACUGGAUUAUGCCCGCAGUUUACGCCGGCCAUUUUUCUCAUAUAAUAUGGCUUCAUCCCACAUGGGCUCAGCAAAUCAGAGAGGGCAAACACCACUUCUUAGUAGGCAAAGACAUUUCUACCACCACAAUCAGGGUUACCAGUACAGAUUAUUACUUCCUAAGUGAUGGUCUCUUUGUACCUGAAGACCAGCUGGAGAACCAAAAACCAUUGCGGUUGGAUGUGAUCGCGGUAGAACCUCACAAACUCUGUGACAGUCAGGAUGGCAGUGAGUCCAUGUCUUCUGCAAAGAAGCCCAAGCUGGCCCUGGGCGGUAGAGAGAGCACUUCCUCUGCUAAUGGGGACCCUAGCUCAGAAGGACUGCCAGGGGAUGAGGGGACUCCAAGAAGUGACCAUGCUUGCCAAGAGCCAUCACUCUCAUGUUCUGGAGGCCAGCAGUACCAGAGCCCGGCCAGCACUGGGGAGAUUCUGGAAAUGCUGAAGGAUGGAGAUGCGUUUGUUUUAGAUAUUGACUUGGAUUUUUUUUCUGUCAAAAAUCCCUUCAAAGAAAUGUUCACUCAGGAUGAAUACAAAAUUCUACAGGAACUUUACCAGUUUAAAAAACCUGAUAAUAACCUUACUGAGGAAGACUUGGUAGAUAUUGUUGACACUCGAACUCACCAAUUAGAAGACUUAGAAGCAAUUUUUGCUGAUUUGUGUGACGGUGAUGGUGAAGAAACUGUACAGAGAUGGGCUUCAAACCCUGGAAUGGAAUCACUAGUUCCACUUGUACAGAGUUUGAAAAAACGGAUGGAAGUACCAGACUAUGAAAUGGUUCAUCAGGCUGGGCUAACCUGUGAUUAUUCGGAACUCCCUCAUCACAUCAGCACAGAAGAAGAAAUCGAGUGCCUUGCUCAGUCUGUGUGUCGUCUACUGAAAUGUCUUCCAAAGCCUACUCUUAUCACAAUCGCAAGGUCAAGUCUGGAUGAUUACUGUCCUCCUGAACAGGUUGACAGCAUUCAGGAAAAGGUCCUCAGCGUGCUGAGCUCACUCUACGGGACCCUGGACACUCACCUGGUGUAUUCAGAGGCGUCUCCUCCAUGUUGAAGCACAUGGAACACUAGGCUCCUGUGCAAUUGGUACAGCAGCAGGACCUUAGUUUAUGAGUCUUCCAGAAGACACUUUCAUUUUUUGGCUUUUUGAGACAGGGUGUCUUUGAGUAGCCUUGACUGUCCUGGAACUUGCUUUGUAGACCACGCUGGCCUCAAACUCACAGAGAUCCGCCCGUCUCUGCCUCCCAAUGCUGGGAUUAAAGGCAUGUGCCACCACCACCCAGUCAGAGUACACUUUUUAUGUUAACUUUCGGUUGAAAUCAGUCAGAUAUUUUGAAUCUCAAGCAAACAUCAGUUGUUGAAUACAGCAAUUGAGGUAGAGGUAGGGGAUGUUUGUUGGUUUGGUUUUAUUGUUUUUACAUCGAAUCUGUAAACCCCAGUUGAUGGGGACUCUUGGCUAUCUUUCUUGCUUUCCAUGUUGUCUUUGAUUUUGUGAGAGAUUUUUUUUCUCUUCCCCAAACAGAGCUUUGGAUUAGAUGAGAUUUAUUUAUUUAUUCAUUCAGCUGGUGCUUAUUUUAGCACUCUCCUCUGCCCAACACUGCUAAAGACAAGAUGCCCUCCUGGGGGACACGGGAGAAGCAAUGAUGGGCUCUGGACAGUCUCAGGGAAAGAGAACAGAUGCGUCUUGGGCAUGCAGUUAGCACUGGCCCUACAGGAAGUAACAGUCUCAAAAGCGAUGCCAAAAGAUCCUUGCCGGUCCAUGAAGAUACUGUACUAAGGCAGCCUGUCUAAGGACCUUGGAAUUGUGCCCAUGCUUUUGCUAAUGUUCUCCAGCAUUGUUUUUAUGCCAGCGGUCUGGUUGAGUAAACAAAUUUUCCCUUUCUGUUGCUACUUGUAGGUUUUUUUGGUGUUUUGUUGUUGUUUGGUUGUUUGGUUUUGGUUUUUUGAGACAGGGUUUCUCUGUGUAGCCUUGGCUGUCCUGGAACUCGCUCUGUAGACCAGGCUAGCCUCGAACUUGGAGAACUACCUGCUACCUCCUGAGUGCUGGGAUUAAAAGAAUGUACCACCACUGCCUGGCUGCUUGUACUUUUUGAUAAUUGGAAAGACUUCUGGGGGAGUUUUCCUUCAGGUUGUCAUUGUUGGCCUCAGCUGGCAUUUAGUCACCAAGUGUCACUUUAUUGGCAGUCAGGGUCCAGGGGCUAGAAAGUUACUAAGCACUUUUUGCUCUUGUGGAGAACUGGAGUUUAGUUCCCAGCACCCAUAUGACACACAACCUCUUAUAACCCCAGAGCUAGAGGCCAAUACUCCUGUGGCCUCACAGCACCAGACACUUAGGUACUAACCACAUACAAACACUUAAAUAAAAAUAAUCUUUUUUUUUUUCAUAUUUAGAAGGAUUUUUUUUCUUGCUGAUUUUUUUUAUUAAUUAAUUAAUUUAAUUAUUAAAGAUUUCUGCCUCUUCCCCGCCACCACCUCCC